AUGAGCCAUGGGCUUGUUGCCAGCUUGGAGGACAACUCUGUAGAUGGCUGUCUUGCGGAGCUCGAUCGCACCAAGGACCGUCAGGUCACGGUCGGCCCGUUCGGUGUGCUUGACCUGGGCCAGGCCGGAUCAGGAGCCACCUCACAAGGUGUAGCACAGCAGACCGACCCGGGGCUCGUCAGCGACAACCCAGACCCAAUUCCAGAGCCGGAGCCGGAUACGACAAGCCCAUUCUCCCUUGACACCCUUCUCGGCCUGGACAGCACUCUGCAAUGGGGUGAUCUCUUUGACGCAAACCCAGCCUACCUCUUCGCCGCUGACCCGGGUAGACUGGCUUUGGAUGCUCCCGGCAUGCCCGACUCGACGUGGAGCUGGCCAGACCCCCAGCUGACGCCGAUGCAGAUCGAAGGCAUGGAACAACGCAUCCCACCACCGGGGUCAUCUCGGUCGGACACGACAGGAGCCCCCCUGACUGUGCCCCUGAUUCAGUCUCCGGUCGUCAGUGAUCAUGAUAGUGUGACGCCAGACAUGGCCCAGUCCUUGCUGCGUCACUUCCGGGCAAAUCUUAACAGCAUCACGCGGGCGCUACCAACGGGGCUCAAGUCGCCGUGGGAGAUCCUCAACCUGGCGUAUGCGGUACAGACCUUUGCCGACCUGACCUUCUUUGAGGCCAACAACGUGUCGCACGCGGCCAAGGCGAACUACUGGGCGGUGCUCAGCUGCGCCGCGUAUCAUGCCAAUGCGACUCCAGCAACUCGAAGCGGCUCGUCACAGCCAUCAGUGGAUAACUUGGCCUCUACGACUCUCGCAAAGGCCAAGCACCACAUGCAGAUGUCUCUCAAGACUGAGGUCCAGGGCAAGUCAAGAGCAAAAUACAAGGAUCAGCUGAUGGCAAUCCUGAUGCUCGCUAAUAACUCGAUCCCUCAGAUCAUCACGGGUAAUGAAAAAGACGCCCGCUGUUACCUGCUCGACGCGGAACGCCUGCUCCGGCUAAGGGGUCUCGCCAAGCGCCACAUCUCCAGGCGGGUGCGUCUGUUGCAUCACGUGUACACAUGGAUGCGCAUCAUGGGCGAGAGCACAUAUGUCAUCCACGACUACGACACACAGGAACCGAACAUGUACAGGCCGGCUCCCCAACCCCAACAAGAAUCACUGCGUGCUGGCGGAAUCCAGCCACUGCAGGAUCCCCAGUACACGCGUCUAGACGACUUCCUCAGGCUGCAGCCACAUGCUUCCGAUAGUGACCUUGAGAUCGAGGAGUUGAAAGAGCACGAGACCGGGCGUCGAGAUAUCCACCUUGAAGACUCCCGUGAAUCUAUGGACACCCUCUAUCCUCAGGUCUACGGGAUACCCGAGACGUGGCUAAGCCUCGUAUCCCAGGUCACAAGGCUUGCCAACCUGCUCGAUAUGGUCAAGUCUAGGCCCAGCUCGUCAAGUUUCGAGCUGUCGAACUCCCUCCAAAAGCGGGCCAAGCUGCUCGAGGAAAUGAUCUGUAGCUUUGCCUCCCGGCCCGUAAUGGGCCCCGGAGGGCACGCGUCGGAUGAGGACAACGCCCAGCGCGAGGCCGCCCACACAGACGGGCCCAACCCCCACAUGCUGAGGGCCCUGAAUACUGCUCUGGAGAUAUUCUUCUACCGCCGGAUACGUGACCUGCACCCCCGCAUACUGCAGGGCUACGUCAGCGGCGUGAUAGAUAGCCUGAGGAGCUUUGAAGAGGCCUUGGCGUCCCACAACCUCGAGGGCCCUUGUCCGGUGUGGCCACUUUUCAUGGCCGGUUGCGAGGCUGUCAGGCCAAAGGACCGCGAAUUCUUCAUGGAACUGACCCAGCGUGGCGUGGAGCAAUUUGGGAUCUCCAGUUUCAAGACCGCGGCGAGUGUCAACUACUUUGGGUCCCGCUACGUCUCGAGCAGCCUGGGCUUCGCGCUCGGCUGGAUGUACUGGUAUAUCUUCGCCAUUACCGUCCCGGCGGAAAUAACGGCAACCAGCCUCGUCAUCCAGUACUGGAACCCACCAGUGCAUGUUGCCGUAUGGAUCAGCAUCUCCAUGGUCGUCAUCAUAGCCCUCAACUGCUUCCCAGUCAAGGUCUACGGCGAGGCCGAGUUCUGGUUCGCCUCCCUCAAAGUGUCUAGGCUGAUCGCUCUUCUCAUCACGGCCCUUGUCAUUGUUUGCGGCGGUGGCCCGAACCGACAGGCCUUGGGAUUCCGUUACUGGCGCCAGCCCGGACCAAUCAAGGAAUACCUCGUUGACGGCGAUAGCGGCAGGCUGUGCGCUUUUGUUGGCACUUUGGUCUUCUCGGUCUUUGCCUUCGCCUUUGCGCCAGAGCUGAUCGUGGUCACCGGUGGUGGGAUGCAAUCGCCCAGGCGGAAUCUGCCGACGGCCGGCCGUCGAUACAUCUACCGGCUCAUCUUCUUUUACGUCCUGGGCUCCUUCUUCAUCGGCCUCAUCAUCUCCAGCGACAGCGCCCGUUUACUCGGGGGAGGAAAGGGCGCAGGGUCGUCACCAUGGGCUGUAGCGGUCAGCGAGGCCGGAAUCAGCAUUUACCCCGACAUCGUCAACGCUAUCAUCCUGACAUCGGCCUGGUCUGCCGGCAACUCGUAA